AGAGAGAGAGAGAGACUUUAAAGGGAGCCAGUGGAAUGUUAUCUCUCAAAUCAUCAGAGGCACGAGGACAAGCACGCGUGGCUGUAAGGAUGGCUGAAGCAAUAUUGUCCUAAUCCACGGGAAACAGAAAGGACAGCCUGAGAAGACACUUUCGUGUCUAAUCGAUCUUAUCUGAGGACGCGUGUCCAUUGUUAUCUACACACGGGUCAGAGGGCAACACAUCUCCGAGCGUGCGUUACCGGUGCUGUUAUUUAUAUCCAUUCUGUAAUUCUGCUUAUGGAAAUUUCAUGAUAUAACAACACCAAUCUAUGUUGCCGGCUGUGUGGAAUUUGAGGCGAGGAAAGUAUUACUGGGAAAUACUGUUGUUGAUGCUGAAAUAAAUAUUCAGAAAGCACAAUGGACAGAUGAACAUCACAGACUGAAAACAUACUUGAUAGAAGGGAUUUGAGGGAAUUCACUUAUUCUCGUCCAAUUCAUCAUCAACAGAGGGCAUUUACCAAUCAGUGCACUUUUGAAGCCUUGAUCAAACGGAUCUGAAAAUGAUGCUGAGUCCCGAUCAGACGGAUCCUGACUUCACCUGGACUCAGCCGGACACGGAGUGUCUAAACGUCAUGAGGGUGGAAUGUGUGGCUCACGAGCCCUUUGGGGCUGAAGAUGGCAAGACUCGCGCACUUGUGCCAGCCGCGCUCACCAGAGAGGAGAAGAGACGGAGGAGGCGCGCGACUGCAAAAUACCGUUCUGCGCAUGCGACGCGCGAGCGCAUCCGAGUGGAAGCGUUCAACGUAGCUUUCGCUGAGCUAAGAAAGCUGCUACCCACACUUCCACCCGACAAGAAACUGUCCAAAAUAGAAAUACUUCGCCUAGCUAUCUGUUACAUUUCUUAUCUUAACCACGUUUUGGACGUCUAAACAAACUGUCGGCACAUUUAUCUUAAAAAAAAACUCUACAAGUGUGUAUAAAAAACUGUUUUAUAGAUAUUGAGAAGUAGCGUAUUCCAGCAGGUCACAAAUAUCUAUAAAAAAAAUGAAAGAAAAAAGGGUAACACUUUAUAAUAUAACUUUCAGAAAUAGGCUAUGCUUUGUUGUCUGUCUCCACUAAUUUAGCCUAGGCCUAUUACAAAAAAGGAAAUCGGAACAAAAGGGUGGGAGGAAGGCUUUUAGUUAUUAAAAAGCAUUACCGAAAAUUGUAGGACUUAUCGCAACAAGUGAAGGUUGUUGUUUUUGACACUGCAAGUUCCUUUCAAAGAAUAUACCCCGUUCAAUAUCCAAAAUCAUAACCGCAUUUGUGGCAAUAAUUUGUUGGAGAUAUUUGACUUGGUUGGAUCUUAGUUCAUCAUAUACGAAACAUUUAUCUUUUCGCAACCUUGUUAUAAACCAAGCUGAUUUUAUAAGCUAUCAACCGUCUGGAAAAAAAUGCAUAGGCUACUUAUGUGCUGGAACAAAUCUUAACGUAGCUGUUAAUUUAUAUUUUCUUGUUUAUUUAUUUAUGGAUUAAAUGAUGUUAUGUGGGUGUCCUUGAAAUAGCAUAGGCCUAUCUAAAGUGUAUAUGUAAAUAUUUAAUGUUUUAUUAAUUGUCUUAUUUUAGACUGAUGUCGCAGAGUUUUGGUGUAGGCCUACUGUUUCUUUUCACUUGCACUUUUUAUUGGCAGUUUUCUUAGGAGUAGAAGGGCCUUCGCUGUGUGUGCACUACGGUUAUUAAAAUGGUGUUGCUGUUGAUGUCCUGUUAUAUGAUAACGAGAAGCACUUCCCAUCGGAUACGAUCUAUAUUGCUGUCGUCUUUGUUUUGUUUACAAAGUGCUCAUAGAUAGCGCUUUUGGGUACCUGAUGACUUGUGGUGGAUUAAAAGUACACUUAGACUAAAUUAAAUAGCCUACAUCAUAGUCAGUGUCAAAUAAAUAAUUUGGCCAUAGACAUAAAAAGCGUGUUAUCUGCCUUCCAAGUCUACAAGCUACCCAUAGACACUCUCUCUGCUGCGACCAAAAAUGAUCUCAGAGUAGUUUAUUUUUCUUUUAGAAACUAUUUAUAGAUCUUAUUUGUUUACGUGUUUCUUGUGAACCUUUUGGAAAUUUUAUAGUGAGUAAUUUAUCUCACAUCUGCCUCAUAUCCAAAGAGCACCCUGUUAAUUCAGGGAUUUUCCCGUCAUUUUGUAGGCUAUAGCAAUACACUGGUUGUAUCGCAGUUUUUCAUAACUAUUUUAGAAUACACGGUAAAAAAUAUUAAUUCAACGCUGAUUCGUCUGAUGUAGUUUUUGAAUAAAACAAAAUGAAAUUAAAGAUAUUGUGCCAAUAUGUUCUCUGUUCGUGCUUUCACGCACGUCAUUUCAGACGACAACUGCAAUUAACUAAUGAACUAUGUUCUCACAUUAUGAAAAACGCUGUCCUAAAACAUUAUUUAACUAUUAAAAAGCAAUGAAAAAAUGAUUUUUCAUGCUGUCACACAACACAUGCACAGUCGUCUUUGCUCACGGCCCAAAGGCGACUUUCUCCCCAGAGAGGAGACAGGUGCUUGUCCAGACGGGCCAAGGCAACCAAAUUAUGACCCGUCUGCUACGUCCCGUGGGAAAGAGCAAGAGAGCAUGUGCGCGCGCGUGUGUGCAGCCUACGUGUCCAAGUCUUGGUCAUAUUUCACAUUAAAGAUUUUUACUCAACCGAUGAUGUUGCAACGUUAAUGUCUACAGCCGAUUUUAACUAUGAUAGUUUCAUUCAAUCAGUAGAGAAUGAAUGACUCCCAGCCCCGCUGUAAUAGCAUAUGUCUGCGUGCAUGUUACAGAGGAGGGUUGAAUGCAUUAGCCUUAAACUCAGCCAGAUUAGACGUUGUCCUUUCAUGCAAUGAGCCAGUCUACGUGUAUCUUAGAUUAUAUUCACAAAACAAAAAUCUAUAUAAUCGGACGCAUAAGAGACAGACGACAUUAAGGGUGUUUAUGAAGAAAAGGUUAGAAAAAAAACUGCUUGGGGAAAACGAGAGUCAAGUCUGUUCUCAUUAGCUCGCGCAUAGAAAGUGUAACACUCAGAACAAUGCGACCCGGCUGCUCUUGCACCCUCGGACCAUCUGUGCACGCAUCAGACAUACAAUGAUUAGAUUUUGAUCACACAAUGACACAGUGACAUAGUCAGCGCAUGCAUUUGUUGAUGCAUGCAUUAACGAUUACAGAGUUGUAACCUUCCUUUGGGAUCAAACACACACAUUUGAACAGGAUCAAACAAGGCAACAGGAUUUUGUAAGACCUUAUAAAAGACAAUAAAGUUGCGGUUGCUCUACAGGACGCCUCUGAUUAUAAAAGGGUAAAUGGUAAAUGUUCCAAAGCUAUUGCAUU